AUGAAGAGGCAGAGCGAGCGCGACUGCAGCCCGGCCGGGCGCGGCUCGUCGUCGGCGGCGGCGGCCAAGCGGCCCCGGGAGCGCGAGCGCGAGGCGGCGGAGGCGGGCGGCCGGCGGGCGGCGCACAAGGCCUCGGGCGGCGGCGGCGGCAAGCACCCGCACCCGCCGCCCGCGACGAGCCGCGCCCGCGACAAGCCCCGCAGUAGCAGCAGCGGCGGCGGCGGCGGCGGGCACCGGGACGGGCGCGGCGCGGGCGACGCCAACCACCGCGCGGGCGGAGGCGGCGGCGGCGGCGGGCGCUCGUCGGGCUCGUCGGGCGGGCGCGGCGGCAAGGGCUCGGGCGAGCCGGCGGGGGCGGGGUCCGGGGCGGGCUCCGGGUCGUCCCCGCUGCCGCCGCCGCCGCCGCCGCCGCCCGGCGCCGAGUGCCCGCUGUCGUCGUCGUCGUCGUCGGGCGCCGGCGCGGCCGAGUACAAGACGCUGCUGGUGAGCAGCCUGAGCCCCGCGCUGCCGGCCGAGCACCUGGAGGAGCGGCUCUUCCAGCAGUUCCAGCGCUUCGGCGACAUCAGCCUGCGCCUGUCGCACACGCCCGAGCUGGGCCGCGUGGCCUACGUCAACUUCCGCCGCCCGCAGGACGCCCGCGACGCGCGCCAGCACGCCCUGGCCCGCCAGCUGCUGCUGCACGACCGGCCGCUCAAGGUGGAGCCCGUCUACCUGCGCGGCGGCGGCGGCGGCGGCCGGAGGAGCGGCGGCACCUGCGCCUCCGCCUCCGCCUCCGCCGCGCCGCCCGCCUCGCCCGCGCCCGCCGACGCCCUCGGCUACCUGCCCGCGCACGGAGGCGGCGGCGGCUACGCCUACAAGCAGCGCUCCCUGUCGCCCGCGGCCCGCAGCCGCCACGCGCACUCGCACGCCCACGCGCACGCCUUCGCCCUGGACGCCGCCGUGGCCGCCGCCGGCCUGUCGCUGUCGCUGUCGUCCCGCGAGCGCGCGCUCGACUACUACGGCCUCUACGACGAGCGCGGCCGCGCCUACGGCUACGCCGCGGCCGCCGCCGCCUCCUCCUCCGCCUCGGCCGCGGCCUCCUCCGCCGCCGGCGCCGACGACGACCACCUGAUGCCCGAGGACGACCAGCGCGCCACGCGCAACCUCUUCAUCGGCAACCUGGACCACGGCGUGUCCGAGGCCGAGCUGCGGCGCGCCUUCGACAAGUACGGCAGCAUCGAGGAGGUGGUCAUCAAGCGGCCGGCGCGCGGCCAGGGCGGCGCCUACGCCUUCCUCAAGUUCCAGAACCUGGACAUGGCGCACCGCGCCAAGGUGGCCAUGUCGGGCCGCAUCAUCGGCCGCCACCCCAUCAAGAUCGGCUACGGCAAGGCCAACCCCAGCACGCGCCUCUGGGUGGGCGGCCUGGGCCCCGGCACGUCGCUGGCCGCGCUGGCGCGCGAGUUCGACCGCUUCGGCAGCAUCCGCUCCAUCGACCACGUCAAGGGCGACAGCUUCGCCUACAUCCAGUACGAGAGCCUGGACGCCGCGCAGGCCGCCUGCGCCAAGAUGCGCGGCUUCCCGCUCGGCGGCCCCGAGCGCCGCCUGCGCGUGGACUUCGCCAAGGCCGAGGAGGCGCGCUACGCGCCGGCCUACCCGCCCGCGCAUGCGCCGCCCGCCCACGCGCACUACGAGCUGCUCGCCGACGGCUACGCGCGCCACCGCCACCCGCACGCCGACGCCGCCGACCUGCGCGUGCGCGACCGCACCCCGCCGCACCUGCUCUACUCGGAGCGCGAGCGCGAGCGCGAGCGCGGCGCCUUCCUGGACGGCGACUGGGCCGGGCCCGCCAAGGGCGCCGGGGCCGACCGCCGCAACAGCCUGGAGGGCUACGGCCGCUCGGCGCGCAGCCGCAGCGGGGAGCGCUGGGCCGACGCGGACCGCGGCCUGCCCAAGCCCUGGGAGGAGCGGCGCAAGCGGAGGAGCCUCUCGGGCGACCGCGCCCGCGCCGCCCACUCCCCCUACGAGGAGCGGAGCAGGACCAAGGCGGGCGGGCAGCAGGCCGAGCGGGACCGGGUCCCCGAGCGCACGCCCGAGCGCGGCCGCAAGGACAGCCACGCGGCCGACGGGACCAAGGACGCGGGCAGCAACGCCCUGAGCAACAGCCGGCACGGGCCCGACGAGCGCGGCCACCACCACCACCACCACGAGCCGCCCGACCCCGCGGCCGCCUCCCACGGCGGGAAGAAGGCGCGCGAGAGCGAGCGCAACCACCGGGCCGCCGACGCCGACCCCAAGCCGCCCCCCGAGGAGCCCAAGCACGAGGCCAAGAGGCUGCAGAGCCUCUCCGACUACGCCCAGACGCUGCAGCUGGGCUGGCACGGGCUGCUGGUGCUCAAGAACAGCUGCUUCCCCACGGCCAUGCACGUCCUCGAGGGCGACCACGGGGUCAUCGGCGGCCUCCUCAAGGACCACGCCUCGGGGAGCAAGCUGACCCAGCUCAAGAUCGCCCAGCGCCUGCGACUGGACCAGCCCAAGCUCGACGAGGUCACCCGGCGCAUCAAGCAGGGCAGCCCCAACGGCUACGCGGUGCUCCUGGCCACCCAGGCUGCCCCCGCGGGGCCCGGCGGCGAGGGCGUCCCCGGCGUGGAGCCGGGCCUGCAGAGGCGGCUUCUCAGGAACCUGGUCUCCUACUUGAAGCAGAAGCAGGCCGCGGGGGUCAUCAGCCUGCCGGUGGGCGGGUCCAAGGGCAGGGACUGCACCGGCAUGCUCUACGCCUUCCCGCCCUGCGACUUCUCUCAGCAGUACCUCCAGUCGGCUCUGAGGACCUUGGGCAAGCUAGAAGAAGAACACAUGGUGAUAGUCAUAGUAAGAGACACUGCCUAGGCCACA